GGUCAGGUCGCUUCGAUGAGGUAAUAACAAACAUGGCGGCGCUCGGUACGGCACGGUGCUUAUUUCGGAGCCACUCUCGGGUGAAAAAUGUUCAAAAGAGCAAGCACAUGUUGGUCAGAUGUAGCGCCAGGAUGCUUUGUAGUGGAACACAAGAUAACGCCGUCCCAGACAAUGCAAAGCCCCAGUUCACAGAUCCAGCUGUGCAGGACAUCCUCACCAGGAUAACAGGCCUGGACCUGCAGAAAGUGUUCCGACCCAUUAAACAGGAGCUGAAGCCGCCCACAUAUAAACUCAUGACUGAUGAGCAACUGGAGCGGGCGGUCGAGUUAGCCAAAGAGCAGGCUAAGAAGCUGCUGCAGAUGCCCCCUGUCCUGUCAGAGAGGAAGCCCAUCAACGAUGUGCUAUCUGAGGACAAGAUCCUGGAUGGCAUGGACACAGCCAAAUAUGUAUUCACUGACAUCACCUACAACAUCCCACACAGGGAGAGGUUCAUUGUUGUACGGGAGCCCAGCGGGACCCUUAGGAAGGCGACCUGGGAGGAGAGAGACCGGCUCAUUCAGGUCUACUUCCCCAAGGACGGACGCAAACUCACAGCACCUCUCAUCUUCAAGGAGGAGAACCUCAAGAUGGUGUUUUCCCAGGACCGUCAUGAGGAUGUGUUGGACCUGUGUCUGGUCCAAUUUGAACCAGACUCGUCAGAAUACAUCAGGGUACAUGCAGCCACCUAUGAGGACCUGGACAAGCACGGCAAAUAUGACCUGCUUCGCUCCACCAGACAUUUUGGGGGCAUGACCUGGUACCUGCUCAACGCUCGCAGAGUGGACGGGCUUAUAGUGGACAUGCUGAAGAGAGAGCUGCUCCAGGAUGCAGUGAGCCUAGUGUCUCUGUUCCACAUGGUCCACCCCCACAGUGAGUCAGCUCAGGAUGCUGCCACCCAGCAGACCACUGGCACCGACCUGCUUAAGAUCUAUGCCCAGAAGGAGUCCCAGAGGUCGGGCUACAUUGAGCUGGCCCUGCAGGCAUAUGAACAGACGGCUGCUAAGAACUCCGCUGCCUGACUGGCCCACUCCUAGAUAGAAAUAUACAAAUUCAUCCACAAUGAGGAAUGGUACCCAUUACCAGAGGAACGGACUGAAAAUGGCUUCCCAUAUGUAAAAUACGACCACUCUCUGUUCUUUCACUUAUUGGGUCUUAGAGUAACAUGCUCCUUGACUGAAAGGAAAGCUAUACACUUCACAGCCAUGGACUUGAAGAAUUAGCUUUGAAACUUUUAAGAUGCACAGAGUUUGUCAUUUAUCCAUGUAGAGAAAUUGUAGUAAAAUGCUCUUAUUGUCUGUAUGUGUAUUUCAUUUGGACCUCUGAGUCAAACCUGAUGUGUUAAAUCAAAUGAUGUACAUAACAAAAUAAAGUUCUUUGUACUUGUGA